CUCCUUCCGGUCGCCAUGCGCCUUGGGGUAGAGGAGACGCUGGGAGCCCUGAACGCGGCCCUGGGGCCGGGCGGCCCAGUAUGGUUCAAGGAGACACGCGCCCGCCACCUGCGUGUCCGAGACUUCUUGGCACCGCGGCGCGCGCUGCAAGCGCGCUUCGGGGAUGACCAGGUGCCCGAGCGCGUGGUUCACGCCAUUGUUGGCCUGCAGGGUCCUGGCGUGGCCCCGGUACUGAGCUGCGCGCCAACCCCCGCGGGGCUGGCGCUCCAGCUGCGGCGGUCCGCCGUCUUCGAGCGCGUCCUCGGCGCCGUGGCCGCCUAUGCCGCGCCCACCGUCCCCGCCGCCCCGGGCCCGCGCGUCGUCCUGCACUGCCCGGCGCUGCACGGCAGCCCCUGCGACCUCCGCCUGAGCCAGCUGCGUGCCGUGCUCGUGGCCGACCACCUGGCGCGAGCUUUGCACGCUCACAGGGUGAGUGUGCGCCUAGUGCCCGCCGUGCGGGACCCGCACAUGGCGACCUUUCUGCAGCAGCUGCGGGUGGACUGGCCCGCGGCCUCAGAGAGAGCCGCGACCGAAGCCCUGAGGAGCCACGCGCUUGCAGAGCUCACCCCUGCCCGUAACGCGGAAGCCCUGCCUCCUGGUGCCCUGGGCCGAGUGUGCCUGAAGGAGCUGGUGGACGAACGGGGACGCACAACUGGCUAUGACCCCACCCUGGACAGCUGUCUGGGUAGGACCCGGAGCCUUACAGGGCCAGAAAGUAGUCGGGCCCCGCACUCCCCGCCUGCCUCAGCCCUGUGUGUUCUCUUCGCAGUGACGGAGGAUCUGCUCGCUGUGCUGGCGGAGCUGCAGCAGGCUGUGCAGGAUUGGGCUGAGGACAGCUCCCUAGGCCUGGCUGCGGCCCCAGAUGCUGGUGCAGAUAGUUGCAUGGUUGUACACGUGGUGAGCUGUGAGGAGGAGUUCCAGCAACAGAAGCUGGACCUGCUUUGGUGGAAGUUGGAUGACCAGGCUCCUCUCAGACAGAAGCACCUGGUCUGUGGCCCAGUGAAAGUAGCUGGUGCACCUGGCACCCUGACUGCCCCCGAGUACUACGAGCUCCGGCAUGCCCAGGUUUGCAAGGCCUCAGCACUGAAGCACGGUAGGGACCUGGCACAAGACUCAGCCUGGAUGGAAAUCUUCAGGGUUCUCUCUGUGGCAACCAUUAAGUUUGAGAUGCUCAGCACAGCCCCACAAAGUCAGCUUCUCUUGGCCCUGGCCGACAGCAGCAUUUCCACAAAGGGCACCAAAAGUGGCACCUUUGUCAUGUAUAAUUGUGCACGUCUUGCCACACUCUUUGAGAGUUACAAGUGCAGCAUGGAACAAGGUCUGUACCCCACUUUCCCACCUGUGAGCACUCUGGAUUUCUCCCUGCUACAUGAUGAGCACCCUUCUCCCCCACAGGGUGAGUGGUUGCUGCUCUUCAACAGCGUCCUCCCCUUCCCAGACCUGCUGAGCCAGGCAGCAGCCCUGCCCUGCACAGCCCCAGGGCUCCACAUCACUGCACGCACAGAGAUGGUGUGCAAGUUCCUGGUACAACUCAGCAUGGAUUUCAGCUCAUACUAUAACCGGGUACACAUCCUAGGGGAGCCUCGACCACACUUGUUUGGUCAAAUGUUUGCCCGUCUGCAGCUUCUGCGGGCUGUGCGUGAAGUGCUCCACACCGGGCUGGCCAUGCUGGGUCUCCCUCCACUGAGUCACAUCUAAGGCCACAGAGGCCCCAAUAUCUGGGAAUGUUCACAAAGUCACCAACUGAAAGGGAAAAACCCCACAGAUUUUGUUAGAGACCCGGAGCCAAAAUAAAUUGCUUCUGUGACAAA